CCCCCAUAAGCGGCUUAGAUGGUUUCCAGUAAAGGCUCGACUUAAGAGAUUUUUUAACUCCAAACAUACUUCAAAAGACAUGAGAUGGCAUAAAGAAGUGCGUAAAACUGAAAAUGGUAUAUUACGACAUCCGGCUGAUGGGAUGGCCUGGAAGCAUUUUGAUAAUACAUAUCCUGACUUUGCUAAAGAUUCCAGGAGUAUUCGAAUGGGGUUGGCAUCUGAUGGGUUUAACCCUUUCUCAAACCUUUCAUCAACCUAUAGUUUGUGGCCGGUGAUAUUAAUUCCUUAUAACAUGCCACCUUGGGCUUCUCCGAAUGGUACCAAUAAUCUCAUGGCUUUAUUAAUACCAGGUCCAAAAUCUCCUGGGAAGGACUUUGAUGUGUUCUUGCAGCCAUUAAUUGAAGAACUUAAGGAGUUGUGGGAUGGAAUAGAUGCAUAUGAUUCAUACACUAAUUGCAUGUUUAAACUAAGAGCUGCAGUAUUAUGGACAAUUAGUGAUUUCCCCGCUUAUGCAUACCUAUCUGGCUGGAGCACUGCUGGAAAAUUGGCUUGUCCAGUUUGUUUGGAGGACACUAGAUCUAGAAGAAUAACCGACAAACAAUGUUUUAUAGGACAUAGGUGUUAUUUAGAUGCCAAACAUCCUUGGAGAAGAAGUAAAGAAUAUGAUGGAUCUAACGAGUUACGUGGUCCCCCUAGAACUUUUACAGGUGAAGACAUUUUAAAACAGUUAGAGGAGGUUCCUACACGUACAACUGGUAAAGCCCCAAAUAAUUCUUCUAGAAAACGUAAGCGUGGAGCCAAAGAGUUAAACUGGAGUAAAAGAAGUAUUUUGUUCGACUUGCCAUAUUGGUCAAAACUCUUAUUGCGACAUAAUCUUGAUGUGAUGCAUAUAGAGAAGAAUGUCUGUGAUAAUAUUAUUGGCACACUUUUAGAUAUUGAAGGUAAAUCAAAAGACAAUUUGAAAGCUCGUAAAGAUUUGCAAGAUUUAAAUAUCCGUGAAGAGCUUUGGUUAAGACAGAAAACUAAUAAUAAAUAUGAAAAAUCCCAUGCCAGUUAUACUCUUACAAAAGAAGAAUGCAAGAGUUUUUGCCAAUUUAUUCGUAGUGUAAGAGUACCAGAUGGGUAUGCUUCAAAUAUUAGUCGAUGUGUUACAGAUAAUAACAAGCUGAAAGGAAUGAAAACACAUGACUGUCAUGUUUUACUUCAAAAGAUAUUGCCAGUUGCAUUACUCCCUUAUUUGACGAAAAACAUUCGUGGUACUUUGAUAGAGUUAUGCCAGUUUUUUCAAAAAAUUUGUGCCAAAACUAUACGUAUUUCUGACAUUGAAGAAUUAAGGCAGGGAAUUGUAAUAAUUUUGUGCAAGCUGGAGAAGAUAUUUCCUCUGUCUUUUUUUACCAUAAUGCUACAUCUUUGUGUACACUUGCCUGAUCAAGUGUUGUUAGGUGGCCCGGUUGCUCCGAGAUGGAUGUUUGAGACAGAACGUCAAAUGGGUUUAUAUAAGAAAUAUGUGAAAAAUAUGGCUAGACCAGAUGGUUCAAUUGCAGAAGCUUAUAUUGUAGAUGAAGCUGUGAGUUUUUUAGCCAGAUAUGUUCCGAAUAUAGAAACAAGAUUUACCAGACCUGAACGCAAUUGGGAUUUACCUCUUCCAAAUCAUCAUAUGGAUGUGUUUAAGUCUAAUACACGUCCAUUAGGGGCAUCUUGUAUUCGAUUGCUCCAAAAUUGGAAGAAUGCAAUUCAAUGGUAUAUAUUAAACAAUUCUGCAGAUGAUAUUCAAACAUAUCUUGAGCAAGUACUUUACUUUUUAUUAUUAUUGGUGCAUCAUACUUAUAUCCCUUAUAUAUUUAUAUGACUUGUAUAUUUACAUCACUUUGUCAAAUAAAUAUUUUUCAUGCAGUGAGCACAGAACAAUAUUGCUCGAGGGAGGCCUGCCAUAUUCAGCCACUGAAGUGAGACAAAGAGAAGAAUUCCCAUCAUGGUUUAAGAAAAAGAUAUCCCAAAUGCAAGUCCAAAACUCAACUAGUAUCAAUGAGGAUUUGUACUCUUUAUCUCAAGGUCCACUAGAGCGAUAUCAUAGUUAUACAAGUUGUGUGGUAAAUGGUGUUCGAUUUCGUUGCAAAGAGCAUGAUGAUACUCUUAAAACACAAUGUUCUGGAGU